GUACUUGACGUAGGAGAAAGUUUAUUUCCUACUUCCUGGUCUAAACUCUGCUCAAGAUCAAUGGCUCCACUUCACUUUUCGCCAUUUAAACGCUGUAAAUAGUAGCAGAAAUGAAUACACAAUUAACUUUAUUAAAAGUCGAUUUCAGCUUCUUUUCAUAAACGAAUUUAACGAUGGCAGAUUCAAGCCGACCUCAACGCAAGCUGUCCCGAGCUGGAGAGAGUUUAUACCAGACAUUAGGCUUGGCGAAAGGAGCUUCAUCUGAAGAUAUUAAAAAAGCAUACAGGAAACUGGCACUGAAGUAUCACCCAGACAAGAACCCCAACAACCCUGAAGCAGCGGAGAAGUUCAAAGAGAUCAACAAUGCCAACACCAUCCUCAACGACGACACCAAACGACAGAUCUACGACGAAUAUGGCUCCAUGGGCCUCUACGCCGCAGACCAGUUCGGAGAGGAGGGCGUUAAAUACUACUUCCUCAUGUCUAAAUGCUGGUUUAAAGCGCUCCUGGGAUUGGGAAUGAUCUUCACAUGUUGCUGCUGCUUGUGCUGCUGUUGCUUCUGUUGUGGUAAAUGUGGCGGUUCGGAGAGCGAAGAAGAUAUCCACUAUGUGGAUCCAGAUGAGCUGGAGGCCGAGAUGUCAGAGGAGCAGAACAGAGGCAAUGACACAGUAAUAACAGUAAAACCAAUAAACAACCCUGCAGCUUAA